UUUUGUAACUGAUUCUUCGAUCUUUGGGUCCAUUCCUCUUGAUUUUUUUUUUAAAAUGUAUUUAGAUUUUAGGGCGAACAAAGGCGUUAGCUUUCUUGCUCGUAAGGUUGUCGUUUUGCCUCGGUUUUGGUUUCUUAAUUUUUGAGUCCAAUGAAUUGCCCAAGGAAGGUAGUUGUUUGACCAUCUCGAUUGAACUUAUUAUCGGCUAAAGUUUUCUCUGAUCUCCGUUUGUCAAUAUUCUCAUGCAACAACUUUCUUUUUCUUAAUCUUAUCACCCAGCCCACUUUUCAAGGAAAAGAAAUGCUAUGCAAAAGUAGCUUCUUUUUUUUCAUUGCACUUCAUUUCCCUAUUAGUUUCCGAUCCUCGGUCGAAUCGCUGAAUGUGUACAUUUUUUAUUUCUCGACGGUUAUCGAUCUUGUUGGUAGAUAAACAAGAUAAAUAGUAUGCACCUUGUCUAUUGCGACUCGGCGAUGUUGUGUUUAAUUCAAGUUGUUCGAGAAGUGUGGCCGUAAGAGUGAUGUCAAAAAGUAGUGGCCGUAAGAGUUUUCUGGGAGAUACUCGCCUAUUCUAUCUGGGCACAAGGGUAGUUAGUUUAACUGUUAGGUAAACUAAGGAGACUUCCAUAUUGAUAAUAUUUAUGAUGAUAUCUUAGAAAAUCUAAUCACAGAUUCAGAAUUUUUCAUUGCAAGUAUUGGAUCUUCAAAUUAUUUCUUGUAAUUCCUAAUUCGUCUUAAGAGCACAACGGAUCAACGAGAGAAACUAAUGUCUCAAUGACACAAGCAUGUGCCUUUGCAAAUAUUUGUGCAAGGCUUUGUUUAAGAAGUGGUCACCUCUUGAUGAAUCUGUUUUCUCGAUAGAGACAGUUUCUGGUGGCAUCACAAAUCUUUUGCUGAAGGUUUCUGUAAGAGAGGAUACUGUCAAGAUUGAUACUGUGAUUGUUAGGUUGUAUGGCCCCAAUACGGAUUUAGUGAUUGACCGCAAGCGAGAGUUUCAGGCCCUACCACAUAUCUCGGCUGCCGGAUUUGGUGCAAAAUUACUAGGAUGGUUUCAGAAUGGCAUGGUUCAAUCUUUCAUUGAUGCUCGAACACUUUCACCAUCAGACAUGAAAAAUCCUAAAAUAGCUGAGAAGAUAGCUAGACAACUUCGUGGCUUCCAUCAGGUGGCGAUACCGGGAUCUAGAGAACCACAAUUGUGGAAUGACAUAUUCAAGUUUCUUAAUGAAGCGGAGACACUAAAAUUUGACAACAAUGAGAAGCAAGCCACGUAUGAAUCAAUAUCAUUCAAUGAGAUCCGUGCUGCAAUCGAUGAAGUCAAGAAUAUGACAGACCGUUUCAUAGCCCCAGUUGUCUUUUCCCACAAUGAUUUGCUGUCUGGGAAUUUGAUGUUCAAUGACAAACAAGGGAUACUAUACUUCAUUGAUUUUGAGUAUGGAUCAUACAAUUAUAGAGGCUACGACAUUGCAAACCACUUUAAUGAGUUUGCAGGCCUUGAAUGUGACUUCAACUUAUAUCCGGAUAAGUAUACACAGUAUCACUUCUUCAGGAAUUAUCUAGACUCUGACAAACCAUAUGAGGUACCCAUCAAAGAUCUCGAAGCCCUUUUUGUCGAAACAAAUACCUUUAGACUUGCAUCUCACAUUUAUUGGGCUCUGUGGGGUGUUAUCCAGGCAAAGGUAUCCCCAAUCGAUUUUGAUUAUCUCGGCUACUUCUUCAAGCGAUUUAACGAGUUCAAGAAACAGAAGGAAACAUGCUUCUCUCUUGCAGGCAAGUAUCUCUAUAGUUCCAGCAGCAUUUGAAAGUUACACCACCACAACAACAAAUCAAAUGAUAGCGAGCAUGCCACAAAUCUAUUAGAUGUACUAAGUUUCCUCAUUUCUAUUUAUAGCCACAUGAAACCCUAAUCCAUCUAUUGGAUUCCUUGUAGCCAUUGCUUGUAACCAAAAAUAGAUUCUAUUAUCCUCUAGUGGCAAUCAAUAAAAUGCUAUUUGGUUGUGUGA